AUGCCCAAAGACUACCAGGAGGUCUACAGAGGCACAAAAAAUGACGUCAAAGAGAUCCCAAAGAUUGCAAAGCCCUUCAUUUCUGAGAUGAUCUUUGUGCAAACCAGCAUCACUGCUAUAAGGAAAGGUGCCUUCAGGUACAUGCCCAACCUGAUCAAGAUUUUGUUUAUUGGCAACAAGAUCAAGACAGUUGAACCCGGAGCCUUUGAUAGUUUGGAGAAGCUGAGGGACUUGGAAAUAUCUGGUGCCUCGUUAGAAGAACUAGCUGUGGCCACUUUCCAAAACCUCCCAAGAUUGCAGAGGCUGGAGCUGAGAGACAGUCACCUCAGAUACAUCCCCAAAGGCCUGUUUGAUGGGCUGGAAAAUUUGGGAGAGCUCUCCCUGCACAUGAAUGCAAUCUCUUCUCUUCCAGAAGGAGUUUUUGAUUCUCUCGUCAAUCUCACAUUUUUGGAUCUGGCUAGAAACAGGAUCACGACUCUUCCUGGGGAUGCCUUUAGCAAACUCCCCCGGCUGCGAGUCCUCCGGCUGUAUGAGAAUGAGUUGCAGGACCUCCCAGAGGGGCUGCUAGACAGUCAGCCAGAGCUGCUGGAGCUCAGCCUCCAGAGGAACAGGCUCAGGGUGCUGCCACCCAUGCUCCUGAGGAGCUUGUCUCAUCUGGAGAAACUCCUCUUGGACAACAACCUCAUCGGGGUUCUCCCACCUCAGGGCUUUUUUGGUUUAAACAAAUUGAAGCUGCUGACUCUGGGUUCAAACCACAUUACGGAGCUCCCCUGCUGCCUUUUUGACACCAUGCCACACCUGCGGGAGCUGGACCUGGGCAGGAACAGUUUGGCCACACUUCCAGACGGCAUCUUUGUCAACCUCACAUCUCUUGGCAAACUCAUCUUGUCCCACAACCAGCUAGCAGUCCUACCAAGAGGAGCCUUCACUGGGCUCAGCAAGCUCUCGGACCUCCAGCUGGACACAAAUCAGCUCUCUGCUCUGGAUGAUGAGGUCUUUGCUUCUCUCCCAAAUCUGAAAACCCUCAACCUUCGGAAGAAUCAGCUGGAGAGUGUCCCCCGAGGUCUCCUGGACCCCCUGAAGAAGCUCAGCUCAGUGUAUCUGAGUGGGAACCCAUGGAGAUGUGACUGCAACCUCUGCUACCUGCACAGCUGGAUCCUGGGCAACAGUGAGAAGGUCAAAUUGUCCACCCAAGUGUCAUGCAAGAGUCCACCCCACCUGGCAGGGCAAGCAGUGACAUCGUUGAGGGAAGACCACUUAAUUUGCCCAGCUACUCUGCCUCUUUCAGCUGCUUUUACCUCAUCUCUGCCAUUCACUUCCACAUCAUCGCAAGGGAUGUCAACCUUGCUGUCACCUGGAGCCUUGCCCACUGCAGCGCCAACCAUGCUGUCAUUGGCAGCCUUUCCCAUCAUGGCACUGCCAACCAUGCUGUCGCCUGUGGCCACCUCUGCCACAUUGCCAACCAUGCCAACGGAGGCCUUCUUCACUGCUCCGUCACCAACCAUGCCAUCUAAGGCCUUCAUCGCCACCCCAUCAUCAGCUGUGCUGCUGAAGGCUUUUAUCACCACCCCAUCACCAACCAUGCUGCCAAAGGCCUCCAUCACCACCCCAUCAUCAGCGGUGCUGCUGAAGGCCUCCGUCACCACCCCAUCACCAACUGUGCGGCCAAAGGCCUCCAUCAACACACUAUCACGAACUGUGCUGCCCAAGGCUUCCAUCAACACACCAUCGCCAAUUGUACUGCCAGAGACCUCCAUCAACACACCAUCACCAGCUGUGCUGCUAAAGGCCUCCAUUGUCACCCCAUCAUCAACCGUGCUGCCCAAGACUUCCAUCACCACCCUAUCGCCAGCUGUGCCACAGGAAGCCUUCAGCCUGUGUCCAACUCCAUCCAUCAUAAGCCUACAGCCUCCUGGGGCCACCAGCCCAGAGCCUGCACUGUCCACUCUAGCUUCUGCCACCACACCGGUGCCAACCAGCCUGCUGGCAGCCACCACCAGACAAUGCAGUUGA